AUGGACCUCCACACUUCCCACACCUACCCCCCUGGACCUACCAGACCCCCCUGGACCUACCAGACCCCCCUGGACCUACCGGACCUACCAGACCCCCCUGGACCUACCAGACCCCCCUGGACCUGCCAGACCCCCCUGGACCUACCAGACCCCCCUGGACCUACCAGACCCCCCUGGACCUACCAGACCCCCCUGGACCUGCCAGACCCCCAGACCCCCCUGGACCUACCAGACCCCCCUGGACCUGCCAGACCCCCCUGGACCUGCCAGACCACCAGACCCCCCUGGACCUACCAGACCACCAGACCCCCCUGGACCUACCAGACCACCAGACCCCCCUGGACCUACCAGACCCCUCUGGACCUACCAGACCACCAGACCCCCCUGGACCUACCAGACCUCUCUGGACCUACCAGACCACCAGACCCCCCUGGACCUACCAGACCACCAGACCCCCCUGGACCUACCAGACCCCCCUGGACCUACCAGACCCCCUGGACCUACCAGACCACCAGACCCCCCUGA